AUGGAGAUGAAGAAGAGUGAAUGUGAGAGAGAAGCCAAAGAAGAAGAGUUCAAUGAAGAUAGCAUACAAAGUAUAAUGUUUACAUUAGGUACUUUUCUUCUAAUGGUUUGUCUAAAGAGUUUCUUAGUUGAAGAAUGGCGUUCUUAUGUGUUCCUCUUCCUCAAUGUGAUUCUAUUAGCCAUUCUUUACAUGUCUAUGAAGCCAAACUAUUGGAGUAGUAGACAUUUAGAAAAUGAAAGCAAUGUGGAAGAUGUUAAAAAUGAUGAGAAAGAGAAGAAAAUGGCGUGUGAAUUUUCUCAAGAAAUUGAAGGAGAUAAAAAAUGUUACAAAACACAAAGUUGGAAUAGUACUAGUUCUUGUACCAGUAGCAUUCAUCAUGUUCAUCAUGUUGAUGUUGAGAAUGAGAUUAAUGAGGAUGAUGAAGAAGAGGAUGAACAUGUGGAAGUGUUGUCUAAGGAAGAAUUGAAUGAAAGAGUUGAAGCAUUCAUCACUAUGUUUAGGAAACAUUUGAUUUUAGAUGAUAAACAAGGGGAGAAUUUUAGGCACCAAAAAACAUCAAAUUUGGCAUCAAAGAUUCAAGUUUCUUGUUGUUGA